AUGGAGCCCGAGGCGACCGAGGCGCCCGACCCCGCGCCGGGGGAGCCGGGGGAGACGCAGUGGCUGUGGUGCCACGAUUGCCGCAGGCACCUCGCGGCCGGUCCCGACCACGACCCGGACGCUCCCGCGUGCCCCUCGUGCCGGGGCGCCUUUGUCGAGUACGCCGAGGAGUACCAACCCCCCGAUCCCGCGCGACAGGCGGAGGAGGCGCUGCGUCAGCACAUGGCCCAGAUCGCGUCCCAGUUCUCGAACAUCUUGCCCGGGAUACAGGUCAGCGUGGGGAUGGGGCCGGACGGAGCGCAGGGCGGCCAAGGCGCCGCGGGCUUCGGGUUCGUGGGAGGAGGCCAGGGCGGCUUCCGCGCGCCCGAAGCCUUCAUGCCGAUGAUGCAGCAGCUGUUCCAGCCGGGGGGCGCGCAGGUGUCGGCGGCGCGGCUCUUCGAGGAUUUCCUCAACGGGAUCGGUCAGGACAUUAACAUCGCGGAGCUCGACACGAGGACCUUUCACAAUCCAGCGCCCCCCGAGGUGGUCGCGGCGCUGCCCAAAGUCCCCAUGCCGGCGCCGGAGCACGGAGAGUCGACCGCGUGCAGCAUCUGCCUCGCCGACAUCGCCGUCGGCGAGACGUGCUACGAGUUGCCGUGCUCGCACAGGUUUCACGGCGAGUCGUGCAUCCUGGAGUGGCUCAAGACCAAGGACUCGUGCCCGGUGUGCCGGCGCAAGCUGACGGCGACGGAGGGGAACGACGCCGGAACGAACUGA